AUGUGGAUAAGAGGAAAUGUUCCUAUUGAAGAAUAUCUUGUAGAUGAUGAAGAUGAGCCAGAAGGGGCACAAGGUGAUGAUUAUAUACCACGUAAUGUGCAGUUAUUAGGACUUCAGCGUAGAAAUGACGUUAUAAAUUUGUAUUUUCAAAGAUCUGGUCGAGAGAAUUAUGGUGAUAACGCAGUUGGCUGGGUGCAGGUUAUAGAGGGUGAUAUUUGCAUUGUCAAGGCUAAAGUUACUCCAGAGCACAGUUUUCGGAAGAAGGCUUAUACUGUAAAAUUAGAGUGUAAUGAAAAAGAUGAAGAUAUUUUGUCAGUUCAGUGUGAGGAUUGUGCUGCAUCUCUAGGGUAUAUACGUGAUGCCUUACUCACUUGGUUGCACAGACGUAGUGAAGAACAACCAAAAACUUCAACUGAGUGCUACUGGAAAAAGUUUGCUCUUGCUGAUGUUGGGACUGGUUUGAAAUUUGUGAAGGCAGAAGAUUUGGGUAAAUGCAACCCACUGGAGAGUAUAGAUGACAACGACUUUUUACAAUCAUUUGUGAAUCAUAGUUUAGAGUUGGGCAACACAGAUACUGUGCUGAUGAAAUAUUUCAAAGACAACAAUUUUGAAAAAUUGUCACUACAUAGAUUACUAAAUGAAUAUAUGUUGGAAUCAGGGGACGUAACAGCAGAUUCUUUUUUCACAUAUUGUGGGUCAAAAAUGACAGAAGAUCUUUGCCGGGGUGCUGCCAGAGCCAUAGUAGAUCAAGCAAAGAGUGCUUUAUGGCAUGAGUUACGUUACCUGAGAAUUACUGCUUCAAAGGCUUAUGAUGUAGCUUAUUGCAAAACUACAGAUGGAUCAUUGAUUGAAUCUAUUUUGGGAGCAUCGAAGUUAAAGGACACUGCUGCCAUGGUUAGGGGAAAAAGACUUGAAGGGGAGGUUUUAAAACUAGUCCAGAAACAAACAAAACAGAAAAUUCGGCUAUGUGGAUUAGUUCUUGUACCCAAACAACCAUUCAUUGGAGCAAUACCUGAUGGAGUUUCUGAAGAUUUUUUGGUCGAAAUUAAAUGUCCAACUUCUGAAAAAACUUACAAAAGAUAUGUAACAUCAAAUCUUGAUAUUACAGCAAAAUACCUGGCACAGGUGCAGUUACAAAUGUAUUGUUUAAAGAAAAAUAAAUAUUUGUUUGUGGUUGCUAAAGAAGAUUUUGAAAACUCAAAGCAUAUUACUAUU